AUGAAGUGCUCCAUUUUCACUCUAUUUCUGUUCUCCGUCUUCUUUGCCAUCUCCGAAGUGAGGAGCAAGAAGCCUGUGAAGCUCUGUGGGCUAGAGUACAUAAGAACAGUCAUCUACAUCUGUGCUAGCUCCAGGUGGAAAAGGCAGGUGGAGGGGAUCCCUCAAGUUCAGCAAGCAGAAUGUGGUUAAUACUUCCAGCUCCCAAAUCAACAUAGGGUUUCUGAGGAAAACACAGAACAAAUCCUUCCGAAAGUGGAUUUCUCAGGGGAGGAACGUCUUCAGAGUGGACAAAUGCCCACUGAAGGACUUUGGAAGCCAAAGAAGCAUUCAGUGAUGUCCAGACAAGACUUACAGACUUUGUGCUGCACUGAUGGCUGCUUCCUGACUGAUUUGAGUGCUCUUUGUUAA